AUGGAAAAAUAUGUAAUUAAAGAAGAUUUUUUAGGGUUCACAGAAUUAUUUUCCACAACAGGCAUAUCUAUUAAACAAGUUAUAUUGAAAAAGUUAAAUGAUUUUGGUUUAAGUUUGGCUAAUCUGAGAGGCCAGGGUUAUGACGGUGGCUCUAAUAUUUGUUACUUAUGGAUUAUAGGUGUGCAUAACGGUGUGCAAGCACUAAUAUUAGAAGAACAACCACUUGCUCUUUAUACCCAUUGCUUUAGCCAUGGGUUAAAUUUAGCGAUUUCAAAAGCAUGCGAAAUACCAGCAAUUAGAAAUAUGUUUGGAAUAGUAGGUUCCGUAUCAGUAUUUUUAUCUUUAUCUGCGAAACGCAAUAACACAUUAAUCAGGGUAAUAUCUAAUGAUAGCACUGAAUCUCAUCCAAAUAAAAUCAAACUUAAAGCAUUGUGUGCAACUCGCUGGGUAGAAAGACAUAACUCUAUCAUUAUGUUUCAUGAUUUGUAUAAAUUUAUUUUAAUCGCACUUGAAGAAUUAGAAAAAGAUUCUAAUAGAGAAACAUCCUAUAAGGCAGCAAAUUUUAAUUCUAGUGUAAGAAGAAGUGAAUUUCUUGUGUCUCUUGAGAUAGUAGCAAACUUAUUUGCAUACACCAAGACCUUAAGCAUUCAACUGCAAAGUUCUAAACAAGAUUUAUCUAUGGCUCAAAAAAAUAUUAAAAAUAUAAUAGCUCUUUUUAAUAGCAUACGGGAAAACCCUGAAGAUACAUUUAAUUCUUUAUUUGAGAAUGCAGCCAAAAAAGCUCAAAUGUUUGGAGAAAAAAUAAAAAUCCCUCGACUUUGUGGUCAGCAAACUCAAAGAAGUAACAUAGUUGUUCGUGAGCCUAUGGAUUGGUUUAAAGUUACUAUAUUUAUACCAUUUUUAGAUCAUAUUAUACAUGAACUUGAUUCUAGAUUCAAUGAAAAGUUUAAUAAUAUUAUUGCACUAGAAGGUCUAAUCCCUUCAAAUAUUAACUUUUAUGAUACUAAAAGUAUAUUGGAAUCCGCUAAAUUUUAUUGUGAUGAUAUUGAGGGUUCAGAUUUAGAAUUGAAAGCGGAAAUACAUUUGUGGAAAAAUAAGUGGACAAACGUUCAAAAUAAUCCACAAACUGCAGUUGAGGCAUUAGAAUACUGCAAUGAAUUUUUCCCCAACAUAAAAAUAUUAUUACAAAUUUUUGCCACGUUGCCAGUUUCCACAGCUACAGCAGAAAGAUCUUUCUCGACAUUGAGAAGGUUGAAAAAUUAUUUACGGUCCACUAUGUCUGAAGUACGUCUUAAUGGUUCAGCCAUGUUAAACAUUCAUAAAGAGAUAGAUAUAAAACAAGUAGUUGACACCUUCGCUCAGAAAAAAAAAGGAGGAUGGAAUUAG